AUGAGCAAAGACGUCGUUUUACCUUCAAUGAAACUGCUGGAUCAGGACGUUACAUUACCAACAUUUGCAUAUUCUGUCAUUGACCACUACCGUCAGACGAACAAGAAGGUGCGUGUGCAGAAUGCUCAAUGGCUAUUCUUCAAGGAUAAUCGCUGGGUUCCAUUAGACAUGAUCAAUCAUCAGAAAUUAGAAGAUACCAUCCUCUCUAAAGGUGUGUUUGUGGACAUCCGAGACAGCCAUUUCCCUCAAGUCUCAAAAGUGCGUGUGUUUCCAGAAUUGGAUUACCUUAGCUAUUUGGGCGUUCGAUACAAGAUCAGCAAAGUUUUAUUACCUGGCAUAUAG